AUGGUUUAAACAUUAUAUAAACGGUGACAUCAAAAAGAUGAAAAAGAAUUUAACGAUCUCAUUUUGAUUUUAUAAUAGUGAUAGUAAUGGCCUAUUCCGCCUAUAUAGUUCGGAAUAGAUAAUAUUUAAUUGUUUAUAAGACUUUUUCACAUUAAAUUAGUGUGAGAAAGGAAAGAUACAAUUAAAUAUAAAGGUCAUCAGAAUUCAGAAAACUUUUUUCAAAACGUAACUAACCAUGCAGGCUAUUAGGCUUUUUUGUCUUGUUAAAGGAGAAGGAACUAUGCGCGCCUUCGCAAUAAAAAUUAAUAAGAAUGAGACCAUUAGUGAUCUCAAAAAGAAAAUCAGGUUAGAUCAACCACGAGCUUUUGCCAAAACUGAUAGCAAAGAUCUUAAAUUAUGGAUGGUAAAUGUUCGCGACGAUGGGCAAGAUGAGAUCAGAUACAAUGUAGAGCUAAUGCCGACACGAGAAAUUGAAGAAUAUUGGGCCCAAACACCGGAAAAAAACCGCAUUCACGUUGUAGUUGAACGAUUGACUCGAAGAUAAAUCAAGGGUAGAUAUUAUAAACUAGUUGUAUUUGUGAUUUAGAUCACUAUAUUGAAGAUAUUUAGGGUUUCACUUUUCAUUAACAUUAGUUGCCAGUUAAUACGAUUAAUACGAGAAACAAGAUUAAAUGCUGCGCUUGCACAACAAGAUUCAUAAAACUCUUAUUGGAUUAUUUACUUUAACUAUGUCUUCGUUUAAAUUUUAAAUUUUUCAAAUAGUUAAUAAGACUUAUAUUCAAAUACCAUAAUUAA